AGCAACCGUCUCCAUCACCCCCCCCCCCCCCUCUCUUUCUCUCUUCCCUCCUCUUGCUGUGGCCGCCAAAUCUCUCUCUUCUGCGUCUCUCCACACCUUCGCUGUCCUUCAGUCUGCCCAGCUCUGACGCACGGAAACGGAACGAGGAAAGAAGCGGGCUGACCCGGCCGGUCCUGAUGAGCCACGCACCGCUGCACCGGGCAAAGACGCGGACUUGAAGCCGAGAGGAGAGCGCGCUCACCCGGCUACGCUGUUAUCAAGCGCACGCCCCGGUGCAGGUGGAGGAGGCGGAGGAGGCGGAGGAGGAAGCUUUCCAAGUGGAGGACUGGCAUUUUAAACAAACUGCUUAGGACAAAAAAAAAAAAAAAAAAAAAGCGGGGCAGGGAGUCGUUGGAGAGCGAGAGUGGGGGAGAUUACAUUCCUAUCACGUCUUCCUUUCUCCCUCUUUUGCCUCAGCCACUGAGAGAGGGUGAGAGAAGAGGAGAGAGAAAGAGAGGGAGGAAAGAGUGCGCAACGGAGAGAUCGUACAACAUUCAAACUCGUGUUUCUUUUUUAAAACAUUGUUUCUCCGAUGCUUUCCAGUUGGAGUGAGACACUAAGCCCAGCGUCAGACGAUAAGCCGGACCCACCGGGAAAGAAGAGGACACACGGCGGGAUAUGUGAAGUUGGAAUUCCUCUGAACUAAUGCUGUGAAGUGGCUCUGUCCCUGGAGCUGACACUUCAUCCCACUGGUGUCAGCAAGGAUGCUGUGGGUUACCUUGCUGAGCACCAUUGCGUUAGGAUGGACAACCCCGAUCCCACUGCUGGAGGACUCUGAGGAGAUUGACGAGCCCUGCUUUGAGCCCUGCUACUGCGAGGUCAAAGAGGGCAUCUUCCACGUCCACUGUGACAGUAAAGGAUUUACAAAUGUCAGCCAGAUCUCCCAGAUUUGGAGUCGACCCUUCAAGCUUAACCUGCAGAGAAACUCCAUGAGGAAGCUGUACUUUAACAGCUUUCUCCAUCUCAACAAUGCAAUAUCUAUUAAUCUGGGUAAUAAUGCCCUGCAAGAUAUCCACGCUGGAGCCUUCAAUGGCUUGGGAAUACUUCGAAGGCUAUUUCUACACGAGAACAAGCUAGAAGUGUUUCGCAAUGACACAUUUCUGGGGCUGGAUAGUUUAGAGUAUCUCCAGGCAGACUACAAUGUUAUCAAACGGAUUGAAAGUGGUGCAUUCAGACACCUUCAUAAAUUGAGAGUGCUCAUACUAAAUGACAAUCUGAUACCCAUGCUACCAAGUUAUCUUUUCCGGUCAGUAUCUCUCACUCAUCUGGACUUGAGAGGAAAUAGACUGAAGACACUGCCUUAUAAGGGCACUUUGGAGUAUGUUGGACGGAGCAUAAUGGAAAUCCAAUUGGAGGAGAAUCCAUGGAACUGUGUCUGUGAGAUUGUUCAAUUAAAAACAUGGCUGGAGAGAAUUCCUUAUACAGCUUUGGUGGGUGAGAUCACAUGUGAGUCCCCGUUUCACUUACAUGGGAAAGACUUACGGGAAAUCAAACGCAGUGAACUCUGUCCAUUGCUGUCCGAUACUGAGAUUGAGGCAAAGCUGGGGAUUCCCCGAAUUCCUUUUAGCAAUGAGAACACAUGGCCGACUAAACCUUCCUCCAUGAUCUCCUCCUUUCACAACACAGCUUCUUCCGUGGAAUACAAGGAAAGGAUUAUCAAACCUACCAAACGACCUCGGCCCACAAAGAAUCCACCCACUCCUCGUAGCAUUUACCCAGGCAUUAAUCAGCCACCUGUUGCUGGUUAUCAAACAAGGCCCCCUAUCCCAAUAAUUUGUCCAGCUUUAUGUAUUUGCAACCUUCACAUCAAUGACCUCGGGCUCACCGUCAACUGCAAAGAGAAGGGCUUUCACAAUAUCUCUGAGCUCCUGCCACGGCCCCUCAAUGCUAAGAAAUUGUAUCUCAGUGGGAACCUAAUACAGAAAAUCUACCGUUCUGAUUUUUGGAACUUUUCAAGUCUGGAUUUACUGCAUUUAGGGAAUAAUCGAAUAUCAUAUGUUCAGGAGGGCGCCUUUAUCAACCUGCCAAACUUGAAGAGCUUAUAUCUAAAUGGAAAUGACAUUGAAAGACUCACUCCCGGGAUGUUUAGGGGGCUUCAGAUGUUGAGUUAUCUUUAUUUUGAGUAUAACGUUAUACGUGAGAUUCAGCCUAACUCCUUCUCCCUAAUGCCAAACCUCAAACUGAUUUUUCUCAAUGACAACCUCUUGAGGUCCCUCCCCAGUGAUGCCUUUGCUGGCACCAAACUUGCACGCCUCAAUCUCCGCAACAACUAUUUCCUUUCGCUGCCCAUGCGUGGUGUUCUGGAGCAUCUGAACUCCAUUGUACAGGUUGAUCUACAGCAGAAUCCCUGGGACUGCUCCUGUGAGAUCAUCCCAUUUAAGCAGUGGCUGGAAAAGCUGUCCUCCGUCAUUGUGAUGGGUGAUGUCAUCUGCAAGACACCCGAGUUUGCUUUUGGGAAGGACCUGCGGUCACUAGAGGUUGAGGUCAUUUGUCCAGAGCUAAAGUAUGCCUCGGGUCCCUUGCCAGCACAGCCUGGUUCAGAUGACCUCACCAGCGGGAGCUCUGACUUGGGGGAGGGACGGGGGCGGAGCAUUGUUCCGCUGUCUGUCCUUAUCCUCAGCCUGCUCAUUCUUGUCAUAUCUGCUGUGUUUGUGGCUGCUGGGCUUUUUGCAUUUGUUCUCCGACGCAGGAAGAAGUUGCCCUUCCGCAAGCGUUCUGAAGUGGAUCUCACAGGAAUCCAGAUGCAGUGCAGGAUCUUUGAGGACCCGCCAAGACAGAGCAGCUCUGGUAACACAGGCAUGCCAGAAAAGCCCAUGAGUAGCAUGCAUACACACAGUCAUACCAGCCACACACAUUCGCACAGCCACGUUUAUGACUACAUCCCCCACCCUGUGACACAGAUGUGUAACAAUCCCAUCUAUAAGCCCAGAGAGGGGGAGAUAGCAGAGGAGGAGAGAGGGCAGUUUUCCGAGAAGAAGGACAACAACAGCAGUAGCAACAAUUACAGAACCUUGUUAGAGAAAGAAAGAGAGUGGACCUUGGCUGUGUCCAAUUCUCAACUCAACACAAUUGUAACAGUCAACCACACCACCACUGAUAUUGGAGGAUUUCAUGAAAAUGGUGGGCUCUGCCCGACAGUGAUUGACAGUCAGAGGCCCACACCUACUGUCGGUUUUGUAGACUGCCUGUAUGGGACAGUACCAAAACUAAAGGACCUGCAUGUGGCACAUGCACACCCACCAGGCAUGCAGUACCCGGAUUUGCAGCAGGACGCACGGCUGAAGGAGACACUGCUUUUCACGACAGGGAAAAGCUGCUACCCUGAUCCGUCUCAAAGUGAUUACCUUGAGUUAAGGGCCAAACUUCAAACCAAGCCGGAUUACCUCGAAGUCUUGGAAAAAUCUUACCGAUUUUAGCAUCUCUAACCCAUGGACAGACAUAAAACUCAAAGCAACACAUUCACUUUAUGCUCAAAACAGAAUCACUCAAACCAAUAUCGUAAACAAAAACUUGACAAAGCAGCAUGGUUUGAAUUAUUUUUUAUUAAAGUUACAUUUCCCCCAAAAAGGAAUAUCUUUGGGAGGAGAGGCCAUUCUCAGAUAUUUUAAAGAAGUGCCUUUUUUCAGAGUAGCCAGCAAUGUCAACAGCUGUUAUUUUUAUAUUCUAUAAAUGUCUACAGUGCAUGUGGAAAGUAUUCACAGCACUUCACUUUUGUCCACAUUUUUUUAUGUUACAGCCUUAUCCCAAAA